AUGACCUGCACAGCGUCCGCCGUCACAAUUGAAUCCUCCUCUUCUAGUCCAGCCACCAGUUCCUCGAGAGACGACGAGCGGACUGCCCUGUUCCUUAGAGGUCGGCGACAUUCAUACAACACUUCGCGACGACGCAAUUCGAGUAUUUGUAAUGCCGAUGCAGUCUUUGUACGGGUCGAUUUGUUCCUCACUGAGCUCAGACAGCGAGUCGAUAGGCUGGAAAAAUACAGGCAAGAAAGCAUUUUGAGUCUCGAUUCACAACUUGAGCGAGCCUUUCAGAUAGUCAGAGAUGUGCGGGAUUCUUGUUCACCGUACCAUUCUGGAGAGCUCCUGUGGGGCGCAGCACGGCAGCGAGCAAACAUACUUGUCGAAACGCUAGAGAGUCGAUACAAUGAUCUGAUGCCUUCCCGCGAGACCUUCGAGCAAAAGGCACAAGCAAGCUUGCGUUUGAUGGAAUGCUAUCUCUCCGAACUGGAAACCAGGGCACACUCGAGAAAGAAGCAGUUGUUUGAUUCCGGAUGGAAGAAAGUCGAUGACUCUAUAACUGCGACGCGCGAGAUUCUCGAGGACGGGUUCGACAAAGCUAUUCGGGCAACCGACCUGCUUGCUGAAUCGAUCUCUCAUGCUCUGAGUCGCGCGGCCGAAUCUAGGCUGAUUCAUUACGACGACCUGCCCGUGCCGUGGCGAAACAACCCUCACAUUCUCCGGGGCUAUCGGUUCAACCGGACCAAGAUCGAAUGCAUCACCUCGGCUUUCCGACCUUCCAAUGAAACUGUCAACAUUUGGUCUCACGGCAUCGGUUUGAUCAUCGUGCUUGCAGUGGCUUUCUACUACUAUCCCGCCUCGUCAACAUUUCCGUUGUCCAGCAAAUGGGACGUCCUGAUUGCGGCUUCCUUUUUCCUCGCAGCUUGCAAGUGCCUAAUUUGCUCAAUCAUGUGGCACACCAUGAACAGCAUUGCAGAUAAGUGCCUGCUAGAUCGGUUUGCCUGUGUCGACUACACCGGUAUCUCAUUCUUGGUGGCAGCCAGCAUUCUCAGUACAGAAUGGACGGCAUUCUAUUGCGAGCCGCUUUCCCGUGCCGUCUACAUGACGAUGACGGCUCUACUUGGAAUUGCCGGAGUUAUUCUGCCCUGGCGGGAAAGCUUCAAUCGCGCCGACAUGGCGUGGGCACGUGUGUCUUUCUUCGUCACGAUGGCCGUUACAGGGUUCGCUCCUGUCAUACAACUAAAUUAUACGAGGGGAGUUGCUUGGACGUUCUACUUCUAUGCGCCGGUGACGAAAAGUGUGAUGGUCUACUUGACCGGCGCGAUUAUAUAUGCCAGCAAAGUUCCCGAGAAAUGGUGGCCCGGUCUCUUUGACUACGCUGGUGGUAGUCAUAACAUCUGGCACAUUGCCGUUCUUGCAGGGAUUCUGUUCCAUUAUACGGCUAUGCAGGAGUUUUUCCAUGGCGCAUUUCAACGUGCAAAUGAUGGCUGUUGUCUUGGUUGA